GUCGCCACUUUCAUCACAAACCAACACAACCACCACACAAACCACCAUGUCGAACGCAGCUAUAAAAUCCCUGCAGCGCAACAUGACGACGGCCGGCCAGGCUAUUGCACUUGAGGAUGGCAACGACCAUCCCCUCCGGGCUGGGUCACACUCGGCCAACUACUUCAAGAUUCUGGGAGAUCGCCGCAAACUUCCGGUUUCUAGGAGGCGCCAGGACUUCCUGGACGUCUACCACAAAACACAAGUUGUGGUUCUCUCCAGUGAAACCGGGUCUGGAAAGACGACCCAGAUCCCCCAGUUUGUGUUUUUCGAUGAGUUCGCCAGCGGCAAGCGCAUUGCUUGUACACAGCCGCGACGCCUGGCAGCAACCUCCGCGGCAAAGCGAGUCGCUGAAGAGAUGGACGUGACGUUGGGCGAGGAGGUGGGCUAUUGCGUCCGGUUCGAUGAUAAGACCAGCCCGAAGACCCGCCUUCAGUAUAUAACAGACGGCCGCCUACUGCGAGAGGCGAUGGAGGAUGCUAGCUUCUCCAAAUACAGCUGCAUCAUCGUCGACGAGGCCCAUGAGCGAACCAUGCCCACCGACAUACUCAUGGCUUUGCUCAAGGAGGCCGUGGCAUCCCGGACUGACCUGAAAGUUAUUAUAAUGUCGGCUACCAUGGAAGCCGAAAAGUUUACCGCGUACUUUGGCACCGCAGAAACUUUUGAGUUUACUGGGCGGGUUCAUCCCGUCGAAAUCCAAUAUCUUACGGAGGCAACCCCAGAUUACAUUCAUCUUUCCCUGAAUCUCGUCAACCAUAUCCACCACAAUGAGGGGGAUGGGGAUAUUCUUCUUUUUCUUACGUCCGUGGAUCAGAUCGAGAGGGUUUGCUCUCGUCUUCGAUUGGGUAUCGAGAACCUGGAGGUGCUGCCCCUGUAUUCCGCGCUUGCAAGAGCUGAGCAGCAACGAGUCUUCGACAGCUCGUCGCUGCGGAAGUGUGUCGUCACGACCAAUAUCGCUGAGACUAGCCUGACGAUUGACGGGAUCGUCUAUGUCAUUGACUCAGGCGUUGAAAAGCAUGCCGGCUACAACCCGCGCACGGGGUUGAAAACUCUUCGGACCGCGCCCAUCUCCAAAGCUUCCGCCCGGCAGCGAGCUGGUCGUGCUGGCCGCACCGGGCCAGGCGUGUGUUACCGACUCUACACUGAACAGACCUUUAAGGAGAUAUUCAUCCCAAACACCAUCCCCGGGAUCCUCGACAAUGAAAUCACAUCGGAGAUCCUGCUACUCAAGACUAUAGGCUACCAUAAUGUAGCUAAGUUUGACUUUAUUGACCCUCCUCACCGUGAGACAUUCUUCCGUGGUCUACAGGAUCUCAGAGCUCUUGGCUAUCUUAAUGACAAUGGGGGGAUUUCGGAGACUGGUCGAUUAGCAGCAAAGCUGCCCACCCAUCCUGCCUGGUACAAGGCCAUCGUCGAAGGGCACAAGCUUAACUGCAGCGACGACAUAAUCAGCCUUGCCGCACUAAACAGCACGCAAAACUCGAUUUUUGCCCGUCCCCAUAAGGUGCGGUAUGUCGCAGACUUGGCGCACAAACAGUUCGCCUGUUCCGUCUCAGACCACAUCAGCCAGCUCAACGCACUCCACGCGUAUGUGCGAGUGUCCUCUCAAGGGAAGGUGGAUAUGGACAUGUGGUGCUUUGAAGCUUUCUUGGACCGCCGCACACUGGACGAAGUUAUCCAGAUCCGGAUUCAACUCAAGAACAUGGCUGAACGACUCCUUCAAGCGCCGCUCAAGGCGGCUAAUUUUGGUGACCCAGCCUGCCACACCAACAUUCGAAAGGCCCUGGCGCGCAGCUUCUUCUAUCGCUCGGCAAUCUACUCCGACAAGGGCGAUGAUAUCUACGCGACUGUACACGACAACUGGCCGGCAGGAAUUCACCCGGAAAGCUCCCUUGUGGGAGUCAACCAUGAGUGGGUGAUCUUUGGCGAAUUUGUGCACACUGGCAGGCAGUAUAUUCAGAACAUCACAGCUGUGGACCCAGAUUGGCUUAUUGAUCUCGAGUACUUCCAGGAUUUCAACCUGGCGCAAAAAGGUGGCAACAAAGGCUUGAGACAGCCCAACGUCAAGGCGUCUCUCGACAAGGCUCGAGCUCAGAGAGCAAAUGCUGGCAUCUAGGUUGCUCCUGGACGCUGGAUGCCUUCACCUUUCUAGUGGGUUUAUCGGCAGAGGUGCAAGUGGAGGCGUGAAUUCUUGUUCGGUUUGCUAAAAGCACUGGUGAUAUUUCUUGGUGGGGAAGUGGUUUGGUC